UCUUAAAAUUCCUGCAACUGAACUUCCAAAUCAGAAAAAAUUUGUUUCAAAACAUUCUUAAAUGUAUCAUUCGAAGCAUCAUCAACAACUAGAAAAAUGUCAUUACAAAUCUCCUCAGUGGAGAAUGAAUAUAAAGAACGUUUAGCAAAUCAACAACAUAAUUAUCAUAUGAAUCGACAACAACAACAAUCAUCAUCAUUGGAUAAUAAUACAAAUAUUGAUAUUAGUAUUAAAGUAUCACCAUCAUCACAAUUAAGUCCACCAACAACAUCAUCAUCAUCUACAAAUAAUUCAAAUAAUACACCAAGAAUACAUCGACAACAAGCUGUUGAUGUACCAUUAUCGACAAAUAAUUAUCAACAACAACAAACUCAGCAACAACAAUAUUCAGCAAAUUCAUCGGGUAAUUUACAAAAUAUUUGGCUAUCAACAACAAACAAUUCAUUUGAAUCAACAUCAACACCACCAUCAACAUCAUUACAAAGAAAAAUUAUACAACAACAAUGGGCAAAACAACAAUCAUCAAUAACAUCAUCAAUUUAUUCGAAUGGUGAAAUAAGGAGUACUUGUGCAACAGCACCACGUUCACGUCGUGAUUCACGUCGUAGUUCGGAUAAAGAUUAUUAUAAAGAAAGUCGUCAUCGUUUUAGUCUUAUACCGCAGGUAUUAUCAUUGGGAACCGAUUUACCCGAUUAUAAAUAUGAAUCACGUACAUUAUUAAGUGAAGAUGAAAAAAGUGAUGCUAUUAAACAUUUUAAAUAUAGACGUCUUACUGUUUUACAUUAUUCACCAUUCAAAGCAAUAUGGGAUUGGAUUAUAUUAAUAUUAGUUAUUUAUACGGCCAUUUUUACACCAUAUUCGGCUGCAUUUUUGCUCAAUGAAAAUAUUGCCAAUUCACAUAAUCAUCAUAAUCAUCAUCAUACAUUAAAUUCCGAUUCAUAUGGAUCAAAUUCAUUAAUGGUUAUCGAUCUAUUUGUUGAUGUUAUGUUUAUAAUCGAUAUAUUAAUCAAUUUUCGUACAACAUAUAUUAAUAAAAAAGAUGAGCUGGUUAUACAUCCAGGUAAAAUUGCCAUACAUUAUCUAAAAGGUUGGUUUAUAAUCGAUCUGGUUGCUGCCAUACCAUUCGAUCUAUUAUUAUUUGGUUCACAAACUGAUGAAACAACAACAUUGAUUGGAUUGCUUAAAACGGCACGAUUAUUACGUUUAGUUCGUGUUGCAAGAAAAAUUGAUCGCUAUUCAGAAUAUGGUGCAGCUGUUUUGAUAUUAUUAGUUGCCGGAUUUGCAUUGGUUGCACAUUGGUUAGCAUGUAUAUGGUAUGCAAUCGGUAAUGCUGAACGUCCAACGUUACAACGUAAAAUUGGCUGGCUUGAUCAUUUAGCUAAUGCUACAUAUCAAUUUUAUAAUCCAGAUGGUUCGGGUGGUCCUUCGAUCAAAUCACGUUAUAUUACAUCAUUAUAUUUUACAUUUUCAUCAUUAACAUCGGUUGGUUUUGGUAAUGUUUCACCAACAACUAAUACGGAAAAAAUUUUCUGUAUAUUAGUUAUGCUUUGUGGCUCAUUAAUGUAUGCAUCAAUAUUUGGUAAUGUUUCGGCCAUUAUUCAACGUCUUUAUUCUGGAACUGCACGUUAUCAUACACAAUUAUUACGUGUUAGAGAAUUUAUACGUUUUCAUCAGAUACCUAAUCCAUUACGUAAACGUUUAGAAGAAUAUUUUCAACAUGCAUGGACUUAUUCAAAUGGUAUCGAUAUGAAUAUGGUGUUGAAAGGUUUUCCUGAAUUUCUUCAAGCUGAUAUUUGUCUACAUUUAAAUCGUAAUCUAUUACAAAAUUGUGCCGCAUUUAAAGAUGCUUCACAAGGUUGUUUACGAGCUUUUUCUAUGCGAUUUAAAACUACACACGCUCCACCAGGCGAUACAUUAGUUCAUAAAGGCGAUGUUCUUGUUGCACUUUAUUUUAUUGCAAGAGGUACAAUCGAAAUUCUUAUCGAUGAUGUUGUUGUUCAAACAUUAGGCAAAGAAGAUAUAUUUGGUGAAAAUCCAUUACAAACACCCACAAUGGGUAAAUCAAAAUGUGAUGUUCGUGCAUUAACAUACUGUGAUUUGCAUAAAAUAUCUCGUUCAGAUCUUUUACAAGUUUUAGAAAUGUAUCCAGAAUUUGUUGAAUCAUUUAAUCAAAAUUUAAAUAUAAAUUUUAAUCUAAGAGAUGAAAAUCAAUUAGGUGUUAAUAGUAUGUUGGAUCGUAAAGCAACAGUAACCGAUUGUAAAGUAUUAAAUUGUUUUGAUUCAAUGCAAAAUUCCAACGAAAUUGAUGAAGAUUUUUCAAGUAAAAUUAUUAUCGAUCCAAUUACUGGUGAUUAUGAUGAAACAAGUGAAUGUUUACGACAAUUUCAACGAAAAUUUACGGGUGUUUCAGCUCCCGGUAUAGGUAUAUUAGAAUUUAGUCCGGAAAAAGCCGGCUUAGAUGUUACACCGGCUAAUUAUAAUUUUCCAAAAGCUAAAUGCAAACAACAACAACAGGAAGGAAAUUCAUUAACAGGGAUGCUUGACCAAUUGAAACACAGUGUUACUGAUUUGACUUUUGGAACAUUAUCAAUUACAAACAGUUGUAAUCUACAGAAACCAUUCCAGAAAAACUACCUCAAAUCAGUUGCCAAUAUGACCGAGCUUAAUAAAUUAUCGGCCUUAAGUUUGGAUCAUCCAAAACCACCGCCACCCCCACCAUCAGCAAAUAGCCAACGGGAUGGUUCAUUAAUAACGAACGCUCCUGCCGCCAUCAUCAACACUAUCGCCACUGGCCAUUCCGCUGAUGAUGCUUGUUUUCGACAUCAUAGCUUUCAUAGUUUACAACAAAAAACUGAUUCAAAAUUAGAACAAUUAUGUAAUCGUAUGGAUAGAAUUGAAUGUCAAAUGGGACAAGGAUUGGAUAGAAUAGCAGCUUUAUUGCUUGAAUUGAAUGAAACGAUCAAACAAAAUACCAGACUCGAAAAACAACAACAACAACAAACAUAUAAAUUAAUGAAGAAUGAAAAAACAAGCAUCGAUCAAUCUGAACCUAUACCAUGUAUGUGUUGUUGUAAUGAGAAACAAAUUAAUCAAACGAAUAUCGAUAAAUCCUUUUUUUCCAAACAAGAAGCAAAAGAAUUGCUAUCAAUAUCAAAUGAAAUGGAAUUAUUAGCCAAUAGUCAAAGUCUUCUUUAUAUGGAUCAAUUUGAUAAUGAAUCUGAUAAUGGACCGGAUUUAUUUCCGACUAAAUCAUCGAAUAAUCGGACACCAUCACCAACGACAACAACAGCAACAACAACAAUGACUAUGAGAGAAAAAGCAUCAGUAGCUCAACCCGAAUUGAUUUCAUUCAAUGAAUCUAGUGGUGAAAAUUCUUCGAAUCAAAUUUCAAACAUUGAAGAAACAAAUUUUCUAAUGUCAAAUAGUUAUUCAGAACCAAAAUUAUGUCAUAAUCGUACAAAUCGAACCGAUCAAAUGAUUUAUCAGCUAAAAUCAUCGACAAUACAUGGAAGCUUACCGCAAGUACGAUUCGUUACACCACCAUUGAAAUGUCAUCGAUUCGACGAAAGUGCAUUAUAAAUAUAUUUACACAUUGAUUGUGACAUUUUGUAUGAUAUUUUCUCUUUAUGGAUUUUUGUUUUUUUAAUGUAUAAUUUGUAUUAUUAUUAUUAUUAAGAAAUCACUCAAUAUAAACAACAUUUUUAAGAACCA